AUGUCUACCUUCAAGAGAGUCGACGUCCCUGAGCUGGGCUUUUGGGAAAAGGUCGAUCUGCCUUUCUCCAAGUUCUCCAUCAUCGCUAGUGCGCUCUAUGCGACUCUCAUAGGCCCGUUCCGCGGUAAAAGCUACCCAAAGAAGUUCAAGCACCACUUGAUAAGCUUAAUCAUACGCAAUGAUCCGUUCUCCACUCGUCAAAGACAAUACUCAGAGUUGUCGACUCCAGAAGCCUACGAAUCAACCAUGAAGGAAAGAGGUCUUAUCCCGGAACAAGUACCUCUGCCUCAUGACGCAGACGGCUACUGGAUCGGCAAUAAAACCGCAAAGAAUGUACUAGUCUAUUAUCACGGCGGCGGCUUCGCCAUGGCCGCCCGCCCCUCUCACUUUUCAUUCUGGAUCGAUCUCAUCAAGAUCCUGAACGAAAACGGCCAUGAUAUCGCAGUCUUCUUCCUACGCUAUACACUAACACCUCACAAAACAUAUCCGACCCAACUCCGCCAAGCAGUCGGCGCCCUCCGCUAUAUCCUCAACGAAACAGGUCGAUCCCCGGCAGACGUCAUCCUAGGCGGCGACUCCGCAGGCGCAAACCUAGCCAUGGCAACACUGCUACACAUCUCACACCCACACCCAGAAAUCGAGCCGCUCAAGCUCUCGGCACCUUUGGCGGGUGUCUUCGGGUUCGCGCCUUGGGUCAAUUUUAGUUCGGAGUGGCCUUCCAUGACCGAGAAUGCGUAUAAAGACAUAUGUACCGUGCCCGGCUUGAAGAAGUGGUCGGACAUGUAUCUGGAUGGGAAGGAGGGAGAUUAUUGGAGCGAGCCUAGUAAGGCGCCUGUGGAGUGGUGGGCUGAUUCGAUGACGGAGAGGAUUUUAAUUUUGGCUGGUGGGGAUGAGAUAUUGCUUUCGCCUAUUGAGGCUUUUGCGAAAAAUAUCAAGUCUGUCUUCCCCAAUACGACUUUUGUUGUUGGAAGUGAUGAGUCCCAUGAUAUGCAUCUCUAUGUUGAUGCUGGGGUUAAGGAGGGGACGCAGACUGGAAAUGAGCUGCGACGAUGGAUUGCUGCUCGCCUUUGA